AUGGGCUCCGUCGAACCACCCCCACAUCCACCGCAAUUUCUUGUCAUUGGGGCUGGAUCUCGAGGCAAUGCAUAUGCCCGUGCCGUCGAAGCCUCGACAUCAGGCACGAUUGCCGCCGUAGCGGAGGUUGACCCCUUCAAGCGCCAAGAAUUUGGAAGACGUUACAUUUGGGGAAGAGAUGGACGACCUGCGGCACAUCAGUCCUUUGGGCCAUGGGAAGAGUGGGUGGCAUGGGAGAAGAGACGCAGGGAAGACGCAGACAAGGCUGGAGGACCCGAGCCCGGCUACGUCCCUAUAACUGGAGUCUUCAUAUGCACCCUGGACGAGACACAUGCCCCUAUAAUCCGCGCCAUUGCGCCGCUGAACCUCCACAUCCUCUGCGAGAAACCUUUGGCCUUGUCUCUAUCCGACUGUCUGUCUAUCUCUUCGGCAUUGUCUAAAUAUCCUCCGAAAGUGGUCUCGAUCGGCCAUGUGCUGCAUUACUCCCCUCAUAACAUCCUCCUGCGCAGGCUGUUGACUCAUGACCAGGUCAUUGGCGAGAUUGUCUCAAUUGAACACACUGAGCCCGUCGGGUGGUGGCAUUUCUCUCACUCUUAUGUCCGUGGAAACUGGCGCCGCUCUACUCCAGAAGGUGUUGGUUCACUCCUCACCAAAUCCGGCCACGAUAUCGACUUCAUCCUGUGGCUGCUCUGUUCACCCAGUGCUCUGACCGGACCAAACCCCCAUUUCCCCGCCAUCAUAUCGAGCAAUGGGGCCAUAACGCAUUUCCGCCCAGCGAGAAAGCCAAAGGCUGCAGGUGCGGCGACUAAUUGCCUCUCCUGCCCUGCGGAACCAGAUUGCAUCUACUCUGCGAAGAAGCUCUACCGCGAUCGGUGGCUCCGGCAGGAGAAAGAUACUGGCUGGCCUCUCAAGAUUGUGGUUCCCGAGAUCGAGGAUAUUGUGUCAACAAAGGGGUGGAAUGCGGCGGAAGAGCAACUGAUGAAAAGGCUUUCAGAGGACUACGACAAAGCCACUACGCCUGACAAUGUCGUUGCAGGGCGGAGUUGGUAUGGCCGUUGCGUGUACGAAGCAGAUAAUGAUGUGGUUGAUGACCAGGUUGUGACAAUGGAGUGGGAAGAAGAUCCCGAACGCGGCCAGGAUCUCGGUCGUGGGCCGAAGAGGGCUCUCUUCCACAUGACUUAUCCGACCCAGGCGCAAUGCGAACGGCGAGGGUGGAUUUAUGGGAUACUGGGCGAAAUCAGCUACGACUCACACAAGAUCACCGUGCACACGUUCGCCGACGGGAAAACGACUGUGCAUGAUAUUCCCAAACAGGCACCAGAGGUGGAGAAGAGCCACGGCGGGGGUGAUUGGGGUCUGGCUGGAGCCUUUGUCCAAGCUGUCCAAAACGUCAAUGCUGGAACAAUGGAUAUCGCCCAAGCACAAAGAGAACUGGUCGGGUGUGAUCUGGAAGAGAUCAUAUUGAGCCAUGCGGUGGUGUUUGCAGCAGAAGAGGCCAGGAGGGAAAAGAAGGUUGUCAGAUGGGCCGAUUGGUGGACGAAGAACAGCUCGCUGGCUCCAUGA